AUGCCGAAGAGAAGGAUAACAGAUUAUUUUACAAAUGAGAACCAGAAUAAAAUAUCACUUGUCAGCGAUAUUGAACCAUCAGAGGCAGGCAAUCGAAAUAUCGAAGCUAUCGAUGGUUUUUCUGAAGAUACGAUUGAUGUUGCUGAAAAUCUUGACCAAGCAGACGAAGCGGAAACAGGGGCUACAAGGCCUAGUCAAGUGGUUGAUGACACAGUUAAAACUAAAUGGGAUAGCAGGCUGAGGGAGAGCAUGACGACUUGUACAGAGACAGCUGUCUCCAAAAAGUAUGAAGCAAUACUUGUAGCCAUGCAGGCCGUGUACUUUAUGGGAAAGGAAGGCAUUGCAACCGCCAAAUACCCCAAAUGGAAUUUUAAAAAAGUCAACCUUGACAUAGCAGCAGUGAAGCCAGCAGUAGAAGGGUGCCUGAACGAUGCUAAAAUGGCAAAGGAUGGCAAUACUUACUAUCAGAAAAUGUUCAAGGAAUACACUACAGUUGUAGAAAAGCAUGUUGCUUUUAGAAAACAGAAGCUGGGUUAUGGAAAUAUUAAAGAGACACAGGCUGAAUGUGAAGAGCAGCAGGACUUUGGUAAUGACAAAUUAGAAAUUCUACUGAAGCACUAUGGUUCAGAUCAAACUUGUGGGGAAGUUGUCCAUGAAAGGAAGGUGGAUCCUGACACGUGUGGACGACAUCAAGCUCAACAUCAGAACACUGGUAACUCUCCUCUCAUUGAUGCCUGCAGAAAUGGAGACCUGAUUCAAGUGAAACACAUAUUGUCACAAGGUACUGCAAACAUCAAUACAAGGGAGAAGUAUGGCAGGACACCGGCAAUGGUAGCGGUAAAGGAGGGACAGAGAGAAAUACUUGAAUUACUCGUGAAGCAAGGCUCUGAUCUGUCUCAGUUGGAUGAUGAUCAAAACAGUAUCUUACAUCUUGCCUCCAAGGAGGGACACUUGGAGAUAGUGAAGUACAUCUAUUCAAUGAACACCAUUGACAUUGAAAGCAGAGACUUUCAUGGGAAUACACCAAUCAUGCUGGCUGCAUUGUUCGGACUGAGUGGAGUGUUUGUUUUCCUUGUAGAAAUGGGAGCUGAUCUCUCAUUGUUGGAUAAUGACGCUGAGAAUAUUCUUCAUCUGUCCUGCCGAGGUGGGGGUGAGGAGAUUGUUAAAUAUAUAAUCAAACUCAAUGUGGUGGACAUAAACAGUAAAGGAGGAGGCAUGACACCAGUGUUACUGGCAGCCGCAUUUGGGAAUAGGGCUGCAUUUGAAAAUCUUGUGGAAAUGGGAGCUGAUCUGUUGGCAGUAGAUACAUUGGGGAACAGCGUCCUUCAUUUGACCUGUCAAGGAGGAUAUUUGGACAUAGUCAAGUAUGUCCUCAAACAAAACAUAGUGGACAUAAACAGUAGAGGGGCUGACGGGAGAACACCAGCAUUGAUAGCAGCUGCUUACGGCCAUUCAACAUUAUUUGAGUAUCUUGUGAAACGUGGAGCGGAUCUGUCGGUAGAAGAUGACUAUGGUUACAACACCCUUCAUUCGGCCUGUCGAAGAGGAAAUAUGGACAUAGUGAAACAUGUCUUCAAACAAAACAUAGUGGACAUAAACAGUAGGCGGGCUGACGGGGGAACACCAGCACUGAUAGCAGCUGUUUACGGCCAUUCAACAUUAUUUGAGUAUCUUGUGAAAAAUGGCGCUGAUCUGUCGGUAGAAGAUGACGAUGGUGACAACAUCCUUCAUUCGGCCUGUGUAGGAGGAAAUAUAGACAUAGUGAAGUAUGUAUUAAAACAAAACAUAGUGGACUUAAACACUAAAGCCUCUGACGGGACAACCCCAGUGUCCAUAGCAGCUGUUCACGGCCACUCAGCAGUACUUGAGUAUCUUGUGAAAGGUGGAGCUAAUCUGUCGACAGUAAAUGAAAAUGGUGACAACAUCCUUCAUUUGGCCUGUCAAGGAGGAGAUCAGAACACAGUAAAGUAUAUUCUAAACCUAAAUGUUGUUGACAUAAAUAGUAAGGGGAAUGACGGGUAUACUCCAGUUAUGCUUGCAACAGAACUAGAGGAUAGAGGUGUGUUUGACUUACUGUUAGAGAGAGGAGCUGAUGUCUCAGUUGAGAAUUAUGAUAGUGAUAAUGUGUUUCGCAUGGAUAUGAUCACAUUCUGUGGACGAGAUCAGGCUCAACGUCAGAACACUGGUAACUCUACUCUCAUUGAUGCCUGCAGAAAUGGAGACCUGCUUCAAGUGAAACACAUACUGUCACAAGGUACUGCAAACAUCAAUACAAGGGGGAAGUAUGGCAGGACACUGGCAAUGAUAGCGGCAAAGGAGGGGCAGAGAGAAAUACUUGAAUUACUUGUAAAGAAAGGCUCUGAUUUGUCUCAACUGGAUGAUGAUCAUAGCAAUAUCUUACAUCUUGCCUCUCAGGAAAGACACUUAGAGAUAGUGAAGUACAUCCAUUCACUGAACAUAAUUGACAUUGAAAGUAGAGACUUUCAUGGGAAUACACCAAUCAUGCUGGCUGCAUUGUUCGGACAGACGAGGGUGUUCAGUUUCCUUGUACAAUUGGGAGCAGAUGUCUCAUUGUUGGAUGAUAACGCUGAGAAUAUUCUUCAUCUGUCCUGCCGAGGUGGGGAUGAGGAGAUCGUGAAAUAUAUAAUCAAACUCAAUGUGGUGGACAUAAACAGUAAACAGCAUAGAGACAUGACAGCAAUGUUACUGGCAGUCGCAUUUGGGAAUAGGGCUGCAUUUGAGUAUCUUGUGGAAAUGGGAGCUGAUCUGUUGGCAGUAGAUAUAUUUGGAAACAGCGUCCUUCAUUUCGCCUGUCAAGGAGGAUAUAUGGACAUAGUCAAGUAUGUCCUUAAACAAAACAUAGGGGACAUAAAUACUAUGGCGGAUGACGGGAGAACCCCAGCAUUGAUUGCAGCUGUUUCUGGCCAUUCAGCAUUAUUUGAGUAUCUUGUGAAACGUGGAGCGGAUCUGUCGGUAGUAGAUGAAGAUGGUUACAACAUCCUUCAUUUGUCCUGUGAAGGAGGAAAUAUGGACAUAGUGAAGUAUGUCUUCAAACUAAACGUAGUGGACAUAAACGCUAGAGCGGAUGAAGGGCAAACCCCAGCAUUGAUAGCAGCUGAUUUCGGCCAUUCAGCAGUACUUGAGUAUAUUGUGAAACGUGGAGCGGAUCUGUCGGUAGUAGAUGAAGAUGGUUACAACGUCCUUCAUGUGGCCUGUGAAGGAGGAGAUCUGGACACAGUAAAGUAUGUUCUUAACCUAAAUGUAGUUGACAUAAAUAGUAAGGGGAUUGACGGGUAUACCCCAGUAAUGCUUGCAACAGAACUGGAGGAUAGAGAUGUGUUUGACUUACUGAUUGAGAGAGGAGCUGAUGUCUCAGUGGAACAUUAUGAUAGUGAUAACGUGUUUUGCAUUGAUAUGAUCACGUUCUGUAAGAUGUGCUGUCACACAGCAUGGCAGACCUACCCAUAA